AUGAAUAAAUAUAAUAUGUUAUAUCAUAAAAUUCAUGACAGGGCUAAAAGUUAUGAAACCUUAAAAACCUAUUUUCAGAAACUCAAAGCAGAAUGUAAUGAUGGUGGUAUUGAUACCCCUGUGUUUAUUCUGGAUAAUACCAGAAUUCACCUCUAUUCAGGGCUGGUUGAAACAAUUCAUGAUUUAGGGUUAGAGCUAGUUUAUUUAUCCUCUUACUCACCAUUCCUUAAUCUAAUUAUAAAAUGCUUUUUUGUAUGA